CUAAACAUGGGGCGCCGAAUCGUAAAUAGCACCAUCUUCAUAGACCAGUCAGAGGCUUAAAUUUUGUGUCGAGUGCCCAGAGAUUCCAGUUUUGAAAAAGUAAGUAAGUAUAUUAUUUUUGAAACAGUUAUGUAUCAAUGCGUAAUCAAUUUGUUAAAAUAUUACAUUUAUCGUAUCUGCCGAAUUUUCCUAACAGAUCGGAUUUUGCGGCAGUGUACGGUAAAGCUACGUGUUUGUUUUUUGUGACUAUAUCUUUUUUGUUUGUUUUAAAGCCAUGUAUUAGAUAUACGCAUGGAUUGAGGUAUUGCAAUUUGGACUUUGAUUAACAAAAAUCAUUGUGCAAAUACCAUAAUGGUGAUGACUCGGCUACAAAGCAAACACACGUAUAUUAACAUUUGAGUAUGAUGAAUUCAGUUAGGAAAUAUGAAGACAACAUUUGAUUUAAAUCCUGACACAAAACGAUACCGGUAGUGCUAAACAGCUUUAGAGAACAUUAUUUCAGAUAUUAUAUUGAACGAACAUGGCUGCCAAUGAAGCAUUGGACUUCGAUGACGUUCUGAUAGCGCUUGCUAAGAAGAUUCCAAAUGACACCAUGAAUGAGUUGGGAAAGAAGCUCGGUUUUGAUGCCGUCGAAAUUGACAGAUACGUCGCCACGAACUCGCGAUACCAAAACAUUACCAGCAAUGGCACAUUGGCAAUGCUUCGGGACUGGGACAAAAAGCAAACCAAGGCAACAGAACAAGCGGCCCUCAAGAAAGCAUUAAUGGAUGCUGGAUUAGUUCGUCUUGCUGACGAAUUUGUCCCCAUCAGUGGCAUGGGUGACAACUCAUCAAUGAUGCCAUUGUCUAACGUGACACAGGGAACACACUUUAACAGGUCUGGCGAAAGAAGAGUUAGUGAUGGAGAAAUCAUAAAACUGUCAAAACUCGUUCCAGGUGACAACUACACCGUUUUAUGCGUGGAACUGGGAUAUGAUAUAGCCUUCUCUAACAACAUUGUAACCAAAUGUCAAUCAAAUUAUUCUGCUGCGUUUGAGGAUAUAUUGAAAAAAUGGAGUACAAAGACAGGUGGUUUUAUUCAUGAUCUUGAUAAAGCUCUCGUGAAAGCAGAAGUCGGAGGACUAAGAGAUCAGUAUAAGAUGUAAACUAACAGCCUUAAAUCAGUUCGACAACAUUUUGUUUGAUUUACAUAAUGAAUAAUUAUAUUAAUAAUUAUAUCGAAUGGUUCGUGACAAUUAAAGACCCAUCUGAUUACUCAUAGUGCCCUUAUUAACUCCACCGUCGACAAUAUCUCCACUAUCUUUUAUUUUAUGAUGACAUUCCUCAUUUCCUUAUUAUUAAAAGGAGAAAAUAAAAACAUUCCUCUCAUUCUUUUUUAAAGCUUGUUUUUCAUUCAGUGCAUAGUCGAUAACGUCUGAAUGUGAUCCUAACGUUUUCACAGUUUAAGCAAAAUCUGAACACAAUCUUGAUCAGUGAAGAGUGUAUAAAUUAAAGUAACCAAUGUAUAAUUUGAAAGCGUAUUCCCCCUACUUUACGAAAAGAAGGAAUUAUACAAUGCAGCAUACUCUUUGUUCAAAAUAACUUUUCGUUUUCAAGCUUCGACUUAAUGUCCUGGGAAGUCCUGUAAUGCAACGAACAACAAGUUAUAUGAACGUGAUUAACUUAGGUUUUACAUCCAUACCAUGCUUUAAUUAUUUUUUGUAAUUGCUGAGCGUCGCUAAAGAAACCCCGAUCUUACAAACAUUUUCACAUUGUUCCUGGAAGCUCCACAAGAAAAUAUAACAAAAAAUAAGGUAAAAAUGUGCAAAUGUAUAAUUGUAGUCGUUUAGUAUUUCUUUACCUUUGCUGUAGGCAAAAUUUUCAUUUUCGAUGUGAUCGUUUAUACAU